UUUAAAUCCUCCACGCUCCCUUGUUUGUCGUUGGAGAAGUGGUGGGGAGUCCGUGGACACAGGACGGCAUUUAACAGACUCUGCGGCCUCGUUAGAUGUAAUUUUAUGUACUGACAUGGCAAAAGGGAAGAAAAAUGUGUUGAGAGCCGACAAAAAACCAGAGGACUCUGCUGAGCAUACGGCAACUUCUCUGACUGAGACGAAGGAAAACAAGCCGAGAGAUAACGAGGGUUGUAAAGGUAAAGUGCAGUCAAUUCUCCAGAGUCUACAGAGUUCAAACAAGCAGAGAUCCCCUCUGCGUGACAGCUCGAGCACGCUCAUCCAGGAAGGAAAUGAUUUGGAUUCAAUUAAACCUGACAUGCCAAGACUGAAAAAAGGCUCACCAAAUGAAAUUAAAUCUGAAGUGUCCAAAGUGCAGAAGCCUGAAAUGGCUUGUUACAGUCAUGAAACAAGAGAACAGGAAUCGGAGCAACCAGGACAGAAAGAAUCCACGUCACAUACAGUCAGGUCUGCAACAGAAGGCAAAGUCCCAGAAUCCAAGUCUCGGAGCAGAAAUCGACACAAGCCGGGAGCAAAAAAGAUGGAGAAUAAAGCUUCUCAAAACAAGAAGGUCACAGACUAUUUUCCCAUCAGACGCAGUAACAGAAAAACUAAAAUGGAGUUAAAGAGUGAGCAACACAGACACCUUGAUGACCUGAUAAAGAAUGGCACUGAAGAAGGAAUGCAGGUCAAACACAUAGAGGGCAAAGGGAGGGGGGUGUUUUCUGUCAGUGGAUUCAAAAAGGGAGAUUUUGUUGUGGAGUACCAUGGAGACCUACUGGACCUGGCUGAAGCAAAAAUCAGAGAGGCUCAGUACGCAGAGGAUCCUCAAAUGGGCUGUUACAUGUACUACUUCCAGUACCAAUCCAAAACUUACUGCGUUGAUGCCACAAAGGAAACAAGUCGCCUUGGAAGACUGAUCAACCACAGUAAAACUGGAAACUGCCAGACGAGACUUCACCCCAUCGAUGGAACGCCUCACCUGAUCUUGGUGGCCUCCCGAGACAUUAAAGCGGACGAAGAGCUGCUCUAUGACUAUGGCGAUCGGAGUAAAGCAUCAAUCCUGGCUCACCCUUGGCUCAAAUACUGAAACUUUGACCUUUUUUAUAUGAAUUUGUCCCCUCUGCUGUCCAGUUUCUCUUUAUGGAAAAGAUGUGAUACUCGAGACUUGAAAUCUUUUAUUUUAUGUAGAAGCUAAAGCUUCAACUCAUGAAAUGUUUUUGCAAAAUUUUAUCAGACUUUUAUAUUUUUACUAAAUGUAGCAGCUUGAAAAGUAAUUUUCUUUGUGAAGAAGGGGGGGUUGCACUGUGAAAGGAGUUUCCUUUAGUAAAUGUCAUUCUAGCUGAUGUAAAUUAUUAACUGUGCUGUAAAUUGAGGAAUAAAGCAGUCUUCAUUCCUGCUGUGCAAUGAUUAGUAGUGCAUAAGAUCUGAG